AUGUCCGACUACGGCGACGACGGCGGCGGUGACUUUGGCGCCGGCGAGGAGUACGAUGACAACAUGCUGGAAGACUACGACCAAGUCGAAGACCUCAUCGACAACGACAACGACGCCCCCGGCGGCACCGAGGACCCCGAGAACAACGCCAACAUAGUCACAUCCGGCGAUCCCAAUUCCAUCGCACGCGCAAAUGCCAACUUGGGAGUCAAGGGCUUGAAGGAGAAGAGGAUUGAUAAUGACAAGAGAACUACUACGCCGUACAUGACCAAAUACGAGAGAGCUAGAGUGCUGGGAACGAGGGCACUGCAGAUCAGCAUGAAUGCCCCUGUUCUGGUCGACGUCGAGGGUGAGACGGAUCCCCUGCAAAUCGCCAUCAAGGAGUUGCGCGAAAAGAAGAUUCCUCUGGUUGUGCGCAGAUACCUGCCCGAUGGCUGGUACGAGGACUGGACCUGUGAGGAGCUUCUCUGA